AUGGUAGGCUCGGACAGCAUGAAUAACAGGAAUGGCAUACCGCUCAUUCAAGAGAUUCCAGAGAUUCCAGACAGUCUAGAGUUUACAGAGAUUUCAGAGGUUCCAGACAUUCAAGGUCGGCUUCACGAAAUUUGUAUCGCAGAUGCGAGUCAAGACCCCAUAGCAAGUUCUGCAAAGUCGCAUUCGUCGCGCACUGCCGCCACCGUUCAAAAUCCAAUAGAUUGGACCCUAGAUAUUCCCGAAACCGAGCACGUCCAAUUGUUCAGAGCCACAGAUUGGGCUGCGACCCCCCUUGGGCCAUUGGAAUCAUGGGGUCUUGCGCUUCGACUGCAUACUUUUACGACCUUCUCAGAUACGAGGCCUGCGUGUUUAUACUGGGGACCAGAGAGAGUCGCAAUAUACAACGAACAUUUUAUCAUAAUAGCUGGCAAAACUCAUCCAACUUUGAUGGGCAAGCCUUUCGAAGUGAGCUUACCAGAAAUCUGGAACGACAUAAGGGGCCUGUUCAUUCAGGCAGAGAUUACCAAGGUUGCGGCGGAUGUCAAUGAGAUAUCUUUAAUGUUAGAAAGGGGUGGAUACAAAGAAGAGACAUAUUUUACUGGAAGUUUCAACCCAGUGCGGCGAGAAGAUGGGACAGUUGGAGGCUUCUACAAUUUUUGUUUCGAAGUGACCAAAGAAAAGCUUAACGAGAGAAGAUUGAACAUGCUUAGCGAAUUGGAGAUGCCAACAGGAUUGCAACAAAGAACUUUUGCUAGCCACGUAAUGCCUCACCUAAAGUCGAAUCCGCUAGAUAUUCCAAUGGCUAUGCUAUAUCAGGUAGAUGAACAAAGUCCUUCUGGAUCCACGGUCUAUCUACGGGGUCAAAUUGGCUUUCCUGAUCACCACCCACUUGCUGUGCAACAAGCAGAGCUCAGUAGCUGCCUCGCCCUCUUUCCAUUGUUAUGUGAGGCAAGGAACGGGAUCUUCACUCAUUCUAUUGACGAAAGAUUUGCGGGAGUUCACUGGUGUGGUCACAAGGAUGAGUUUACCGGAAUUCACGAGCCAUCAACACACUUUAGUAUCCUGCCACUAUCGAGUGCUGAUCGUCUUUUUGGCUACUUAAUCAUAGCAGCUAACUCACGGAGACCCAUCGAUAAGGAUCAUAACCAGUUCAUGAAAUCUAUCGCCUCGAGGGUCUCAUCCAUCGCAUCUGCUUUGGCUAGCGCCGAAGAAACAAGGCAAAGGGCCAAUCGUUUGGAAAGGGAACUAGCCGAAAGUGAGAGACAAAUUAGAUAUAUGGCACAGAAUGCGCCCGUCGGUAUGCUGCAAUUGUCCAUGGAAGGUAAAAUCCUCUGGGCAAAUCAGAUGUACUAUGAACUUACCGGCCAUCCGGGACCCGAGGAACCACAGUACAACUUCUCAUUCCUUGAUAUACUGAUUGAUGAGGAUAGGGCUCUAAACUUACAGUCCUGGGCUCGACUUCAUACAGGACAAUCUCAUAUUGAGACUACAUCGCGGCUCAAGCGUAUGUUUGUGCCACCCUGUGGGGAGCCUCAUCACGCUUACAUGCUCUCACUCGCAUUCCCAUAUAUGGUAAAUGGUGAGGUCAAAUCAAUCAUGAGUUGCAUUACGGAUAUUUCUGAACUCAAAUGGGCUGAAGCAUCAGAAGCGAGAAAUGCCGAGGAAGCGCGGGCGGCAAAACGCCAACAAGAAGAAUUUAUUGAUGUUGUCUCUCACGAAAUGCGAAAUCCUCUUUCUGCUAUCUUCCAGUGUGCGGAUAUGAUAUCGAACUCCUUCAAUGAUCUAUCACAUACGGAUGCUGCUGAAAUUUUGAAAAGCAAUGUCGAGGCGGCAAACACUAUAGCCAUGUGUGCCAGUCAUCAAAAGCGCAUAGUGGAUGAUGUCCUCACCCUAUCGAAGCUCAAAUAUAUGAUGCUGACUAUUUCGCCACGACCCGCUCGCCCGGCAGGUCUCCUUGGGCAGGUGACGAAAAUGUUUGAAGCUGAUUUGAAGUCUCACGACAUCUCAAUCGAUACAGUAGCUCAACCUUCAUUCCGCGCAAAUGACAUUGAUUGGGUCACGUUUGAUGCUUCGCGUGUAACCCAAAUCUUGAUAAACCUUUUGACUAAUGCGAUCAAAUUCACCAGAGGGGAAGAAAAAAGAAAUAUCACAAUCACUUAUGGUGCUACACUUGUUGAACCUCAAAACGCCUUUGAAAAGGAAUUCUACUGGGUACCUUGUGAGAAUGAGGUGGAGGAUCUGACCCUACAUUCUGAGUGGGGUUCUGGGGAGCAUGUGUUCUUGACGUGCGCAGUCACAGAUACGGGAGUGGGCAUGUGUGGCGAGGAAAUCCCUCGUCUGUUUACACGCUUCGAACAAGCCAAUUCGAAAACAUCCAUAAAGUAUGGUGGAUCCGGUCUGGGAUUGUUUAUUUCUCAGCAACUUACUGAAAAGCAAGGGGGAAGGAUUGGUCUGUCCUCGAAAUUAGGCGAGGGAAGCACGUUUGGAUUUUAUGUUAAGGCGCGGCGUAGUAUUGAACCACCAAAUACUAUCCGGCCAAAUUUGACUCCAGAGUCCUCCGGAAGUUCCGAGGUAUCUUAUUAUGAUGGAUCGAAAGCGAUGCAGGUUCUUCUAGUCGAGGAUAAUCUCGUCAAUCAGAAAAUAUUAAAAAAGCAAUUAACGAAAGCUGGUUGCGUUGUACAUGUGGCUAAUCACGGGUUAGAGGCCUUGGAAAUAUUAAGACAAUGCUCCUGCUGGUACGAGCCGGUGGAAGACGCAAAAGCUCUGGAUAUCAUACUCAUGGACUGGGAAAUGCCUGUUAUGGACGGCCUCACCUGUAGUCGUGAGAUUCGAGCAUUGCAACAAUCUGGAAAGAUUGUCAGGCAUCUUGAAAUUAUCGCAAUCACUGCUAACGCCCGAGAGGAGCAGGUUCAGUUGGCGCUACAUAACGGGAUUAACUUCGUGAUGUCGAAACCUUUUGUGGUGUCGAAUCUACUGUCCAAGAUGAAAGAAAGGUUGAGUUUUAUUGAUGACGGAACGACUUUUCAGCGUCGCGGCAAGAUUUGGGAAAAUGCUGUGGGCAUAUACCCAUGUCCCACAAUCAUUAACAAUACCGUGCACGAUUCCGGUACCCUCGAAAGGAGGGAAAGUCUGAUAGGUGAGACAACAACCGACAGAAAGCCCGACGUGGCCAUUUUGCAGUUCUUGUACCCAUGCUGGACUCAAUUUGAUAGGAUUUGGUUGGACACAAAACUCGAGACUUUGGGAAUCUAUCGACAACACAGGCAGUCUUCGACAAGUACUGAGUGGCAUCAUUCCUACACGUCAAUGCCUGCCGACUCUGAGGUUUGA